UCUGUCAUUUCGACUGCGCAACAGCACGAGUUACUCAUCACUCGGUUGCGUGGACUUUGUCACGAAUGGACUGAGUUCUGUGACCAAGAAGUUGUUCUACAAAUGGGUGGAGAUGAUAGGGCGGACAGUGUGGCUGCAGCUGUUGCCUCUCGAACGGCAGCAAAUAGUUCCGCCGCGGCUGGUGUUUUGGCUUCUACGGGUCAGGUUGGCGGAAAAGUGGUUGUACGCGUUCGGAAAAGUCUGAAUGCGGAACGACGGCUGUCCUAUGUGCGGUAUUUGGGUGCGGUUGAGACAGACAAAUUGGUGAGUGCAAUGAAUGCACCCAUGGCUUUUUACUAA